AUAUGAUUUACCACGACACAAGAUGGAGAGAAGAGUGACAUCUUCUGUCAUUUUUCUCCUUGUUAGCCUUUCUGUAACUCCUGCAUUCGCACAUAAUGUUCAGGCAAUUUUCAUUUUCGGAGAUUCGUUAUUCGAUGCUGGUAAUAAUCACUACAACAAGAACUGCAGCGCCCAAGCCGAUUUUCCACCUUAUGGAUCGUCUUAUUUUCACCAUCCUACCGGAAGAUUUACUAAUGGCAGGACUGUUGCCGACUUCAUAUCUCAAUAUCUUGGAAUAGGAAUUCAAAAGCCGUUCCUCGAGGCACAACUGGAAGUGGCAAACGGAAGUAGGAAGGAGUAUCCAUCCAACGGAAUCAACUUUGCUAGUGCUGGCAGCGGUCUUUACAGAGCAACAAAUCGUGAUCUCGGGGUGACACCAAUUCAAGACCAACUUCAGCAAUUCCAGGCUCUGACGGAUCAAAACCUCAUAGACAGGAAACUGGUGGAACGAUCAUUGUUCUUUUUUGAAUCGGGUUCAAACGAUGUCUUCAACUUCUUCCUUCCAUUUGAUGCUCCAACAGUCACUCCGGAUGCUUAUGUCAAAGCCAUGUUAGCUGAAGUGGAACACUUUGUGGAUCAAAUUUACAAGCUAGGGGCUCGAAAGAUUGCCCUUUUCUCGUUAGGUCCCGUUGGUUGCGUUCCUGCAAGGAGCCUUCUUCCUGGCGCACCUGUCAACCGAUGCUUUGGGAAAAUGAAUCGAAUGGCGAAAAAUUACAACAGGGGAGUGGAAAAUAUUGCCAAAAAUAUAUCAAAGAAAUAUCCUGGAUCAGUUGGUGUUUUUGGUUCAGUGUAUGGUAUUUUCCAGCUAUAUCGUACCACUCCAAGUAGGCAUGGUAUCACCAACGUAACAGACGCAUGUUGUGGGGAUGGAACAUUGAGAGGGAUGUUGCAAUGUGGGCAAGAAGGUUACAAAGUAUGUGAGAACCCGAAUAAGUACUUAUUUUGGGACUAUUUCCAUCCAUCGGAGCAUACAUAUAAACUCAUGUCAAAGUCCUUGUGGGCCGAUAACAAAUACAUACACCCCAUGAAUUUGAAGACUCUGGCCAAUCUUACUAUUGUAUUAUGAGCAAAUAACACAUUUUGAGAGUAAUAAAUGUGUGUUACUCCCAUUAUACUAACAUUAUUAUAGUCAUUGAAUAACUAACAUAUAUAUUAUUAACGGUUA